UUGAAGUCAAAGUGGAACUGUCUCUCCUGGAAAAAGAGAAAGAGGUGGACGGCCUGUCCCCUAAUGGCAAAGCGAGCCCCUUUGCUGACUGCAGACUGAAUGGGGCCCUGGCGCACGGCUCUGAUGAAGACUCCAUGCUGCUCCCCCUCAACCACAACUCCCGCGACUUCGUGGAGGCCUCCGUGUGUCACGUCAAAGACCUGGAAAAUGGACAAAUGCGAGAGGUCGAUUUGGGAUGCGGCAGAGCUUUGCUGAUCAAACAACACGGCGAGUUUUCUGCCAUGGCCCACAAGUGUCCGCACUACGGAGCGCCGCUGGUCAAAGGUGUGCUUUCCAAAGGACACGUGCGCUGUCCCUGGCACGGUGCCUGUUUCAGCACAGCAACCGGAGACAUUGAGGACUUCCCAGGUCUGGACAGUCUGCCCAUCUUCCAGGUCAGAGUUGAAAAGGACAAAGUGAUUAUUCGAGCAAACAAGCAGGCUCUUCAGUCACAGAAAAGGUCAAAACCCAUGUCCCGAUGUUCGGCCGUCAUCAACUCCAACACAGGCUUCAGCCAUGUUCUCAUCAUUGGCUCAGGUCCAGCAGCUCUGGUGUGUGCAGAGACACUGAGGCAGGAAGGCUUCACAGAUCGCAUCGUCAUGUGCACCAUGGACAGACAUCCUCCGUAUGACAGGCCUAAACUGAGUAAGUCUUUAGAAAGCACAGCAGAGCAGCUGAGGUUACGCUCCAUGGACUUCCUACAGGACCAUGACAUUGAACUGCUCACAGAAAAAGAGGUUGUAGCAGUAGAUGUAAAGACUCGAUCUGUGAUGUUUGAAGACGGCUUGAGGAUGGAGUACAGGAAACUUUUUAUUGCUACAGGAAGCAAACCAAAACCGAUGAACUACAAGGGCAAAGACGUCAGGAAUGUUUUCCACCUCCAGACGCCUGAGGACGCUAACUGCAUAGCGAGGCUUGCCAACAACAAGAAUGCUGUGAUUGUGGGAACAUCUUUUGUUGGUAUGGAGGUGGCUGCAGCUCUAACUGACAAGGCCCACUCAGUGUCUGUCAUCGGGAUCGAGCCUGUGCCCUUCAAAAAAGCUCUCGGGGAGAAAAUAGGGAAAGCCAUAAUGAAGCUGUUUGAGACAAACAGGGUGAAGUUCUACAUGCUGAACGAGGUGUCGGAGAUGAUAGGUCAACAUGGACAGCUGAAGGAAGUUGUUCUGAAGAGCGGGAAAGUUCUGCGGGCCGACGUGUGCGUCAUUGGAGCAGGAAGCGUUCCUGCCACAGGGUUUUUGAAACAGAGCGGCAUCCACCUGGACGCAAAGGGCUUCAUCACCGUGAACAAGAUGAUGCAGACAAACGUUGACGGGGUGUUUGCAGGAGGAGACGUGGUCACGUUUCCUUUCCCGCCUCGCAACAACAAGAAGGUGAACAUCCCUCACUGGCAGAUGGCUCAUGUACACGGCAGGAUGGCAGCUCUCAGCAUGAUCGGCAGACCCUCCGAGUUUAAAACCGUGCCUUACUUCUGGUCGGCCAUGUUUGGGAAGACCAUUCGCUAUGCAGGUUAUGGUGACGGAUUUGAUGACGUCAUCAUUCAAGGUGAUCUGGAUGAACUGCGAUUUGUUGCUUUUUAUACAAGGAGCGAGGAGGUGGUUGCUGUCACCAGCAUGAACUAUGACCCCAUCGUAUCCCGAGUGGCAGAGGUCUUGGGGUCCGGAAAGACGAUUAAAAAGCGAGAUGUGGAGAUGUUAGCGCGGCUUGGCAAGACUGGAGACAUAUCUUGGCUCAUUGACAAAGGCUCUCACUGACUUCACCCCUGAAGUUCCCUAAAGGACAGACCCCAAGUCCUCUGGACGCCCUCACAUGGACACCUUGGUGCUGAGACCCUGAGCAGCUAUCCUCCCUCUUUCACAGAAACACAUUGGAUACGAUUGUCUGUCUGUGUGAGGCAAACUCAACGUGUUUUGCUUCCUAGAGACGCUUUAAUGCGACAAGCUGAACCACACAGGGCGUGAACGUGCUGAAUCCCCGUGUUGGCAGGUUGUUUUGUUCCCAACGAAGCAAUAUUUCAGCCUUUGUGAUGCAAGUCGCAUCUACCUGUACUUUUUGUUUAUAAGAGGCCAGAGAAGGGCACGGGCAUCUGUUUUAUAUAAAAACUACUGUACAUAGUUAUAAUCCUGAAUGCACUGUAACAACGUAAGAGGGGAAAACACAUUGGCUGUGCUCUCGGACACGCCUUAGAUCUGCAUGGUAGAACGUACUGCAGUAAAAGAGGAAAAGAUACGCCCCAAACCAGAGAAAUGUUCAUAUUGAUGCAUCAAAAGCGAAGCUUAAAUUAGCAACAGAACAAACCCUCUGUAGAAGAAUCCUGAGUGCAGCUUUAACAAACUCAUUUUUGUGCAUUUAAUUUGCAACAACUUGAUGUACCUCUUUGUGUUUGUUGCCUUGUUAGUAGAGUGAAUACGUACAUUUUUAAUCAUACCUCUAAUUAAACUAAUUAUUGGCUUGUGCUUGCACAAUAGAUUCAUGUAUUUUUUUAAAAAAACAAACAGCAAUAGGUUAUUUUCCUUUGUUUUGACAUUUCCAGACUCCCUAGGGACUUUUAUUUGUUACUAACUCAGGGAACUGAGGUUUGUGGCCCAGGCUGACCGCUCCCUUACAGUCACUGUUGCUUUAAUAUCCCCCCGUGUGACGUGAUCUCACUGCUUCCCCUCAUUUUCUGUCAGAGACGCUUUUUAAUGUGCCGAGAGGCGCAAAGCAGAUGCUUGAUCGCAUCCUGGUCUAAUAAUGAUCCAAGCAUAUUUGAUCCCCUACCUAAAGCCAACACAGCAUUUUAAAAAGCCUUGCUCUUCCAACAACCAACCUGCAAUGACAUUUUUAUAACUGAACUUUAAAAUAAAGGUCAUCCAACAGUAACGGCUCACUGCUGCUGCUACAUUUAUUUCUUUUUAAAUACUUCUCUCUCUCUCUCUGCGUCCCGCCUCGAUGGCUGCCGCUUCAUUAUUCUGCAGUUCUGUACACAACUUCUUCCAGUAUGAAAAUGAGUUGCGUGGUUAUUUCAUAGCUGCCUUGUUUAGCCAAAGUGUAAUUUUUAUCUCUAUUUUUCUAUUUUAAAAUCAUUUUCUAGAAUCCACUCACUGUCUACUCCAAAGAAAUGUGGUAAGAUGACUCCAAUAAAUAAUAUCUACGAGGGUUCUCUCAUGAUUAUGGGGCCUUAAGGUAUUCACACGCUUGAACAGUUUCACAUUUUGUCAGCUUACAACCAGAAACGUGAAGUAAUGUGUAAUUGUGAAGUGGAUGAUUUUUAUUUUAUGUUUUGCAAAUAAACUAAAAACUGAUUUGUA